AUGCGUUAUGUGCUUUACAGCUUGCUGUUCCUCGCCCUCUUCACAAUUGACAUCAUGAUCCGUGCGGCGGCACGGGGAUUCGUGAUGCACAAGUACAGCUUCCUGAGCGAGCUCUGGAACUGCCUGGACUUUGUCGUCACCUGUGCCGGGGCCAUCGAGCUGUUUGGCACGGCCGUCGGGCUGGGCGCGCAGCUACAGCUACUGAAUUCGUUCCGGCCUUUCCGCCUCUUCAAGGUGCUCACCAUCUUCCUAGGUCUGCGGGACAUCGUGAACACCAUCAUCAAGGCGACGACGCGCAUGCUGGAGCUGAUUGUGCUGCUGUUCUUCUGCAUCUGGGUGUUCGCCACGUUCGGCCUACAGAUGUUCAUGUCGGUGCUGAAGCGGCGCUGCGUGGUAAGCAGCGAACGACUGGGUGUGGUGGACGCGCAGCUGUACAAGCACAUGGCGAACAACCGCAGCCUCUGGAUGCGCACGGGCGUUGACGAGGACGAGGAUCGCGACCGGUUGGGCUUUGCCUGCGGUAACCUACUGGCUGCCUAUACCUGCGAGCCGGGUUUCUCGUGCGUGACGGUGGACGUGGUGGAGGAGCGACGCGUGUUCCCGUCCUACGACAACGUGGUGGACGCUGUGCUUACCACCUUCAACAUAUUCAGCCUCGACAACUGGAACAUCCCGUACAACAUGUUACUGCAGGCUGUCGGUCCUGCAUGCUUCCCGCUCUUCCUGUGCACCGUGAUGUUCGGCUCGGCGUACCUGAUCAACCUCAUGCUUGCCGUCACCGUGCACACCUACGUCGGAGAGAACAACCUCAAGCGAGCUCGCAGACAACAGAUGGAGCAAGGGUCCCUAAUGGACUUGACACUCUUCCAAGAGAUAAGUGAUUUCGAGGUCAAUGUGGACCACCUGUACGUCCAGCCGCUCGUCAGCCUCGCUCAGAUACCUAGCGCCCACAAGGUGCGUCAGCUUCGCUUUCAGCAGCGGCUUCGCCGCGGUGAAGGGGAGGCCCUGACCCGCGAGCUGGGCUUCGGCGCUUUCGCCGACAUGGUCGUAGACGCGGCGAAUGCACCCCGGCCUCUGCUGCGAGCCGCCACGCGCGUACCGAAGCGACCGUCCGGCACCAGUAAUGGCGAGCAGUACAUCGACGCGCACGAGCAGCCGCUCUCUGCUGCAGUAGCGCCAGUGGCGGUACGCAUCGUGAAUGGUGCCAGCCGUCCACAACGUCAGCAUUCGGGAUCUCGAGUGGACAUCCCUCUGCGAGCGGACUGGGCCACCGUGCGACUCGUGUGCCUGGAGUUGGAGAAGAGUCCCAUCCUGGACCUCACCAUCCACGUUCUCAUCAUCCUCAGCACACUCUUUCUCGCCCUGGAUGGCAGCUACGCGAACGCUCAGUUCAAGAGCAUGCUCACCUGGGGAAACAUGGCGGCCAGCGUGGCCUUUUCCGUCGAGAUGACCAUCAAGCUGUCCGCUCGGGGCUGGUCCUUCUUCCAUAAGAAGUUCUCGGUGCUCGACCUGGGCGCCGUGGUGUGCAGCAUCACCUCCGACUUGCUCGUGCUGCUCCGCUUCGAAGUGGGCGUCCGCACUCGCUUCCUCCGCCUCUUCCGGCUCGUGUACGUGGCUCGCACGUGGGACACGCUCUUCUACAUGCUCAACAUGAUGCUGUCGCUGCUCAAGCCGCUCAUGAACCUGCUGCUCGUCAUCAUGCUCGUGGUCGUGGCGUUCGCCGUUGCCGCCGAGGACAUCUUCGACUCCGGAGACCGGAAGCCGAUGUCGCGGUGGAACAGCCACGAUUUCAUGCACAGCGUGCUUCUCAUGGUGCGCCUGUUCUGCGGCGACAUGUUCGAGCCGCUGGUCAACUGCUUCCACGAGGGCUACGGCAGGCUCCGAUGCGUGGCCUUCUACAGCGCCGUCUUCUUCGUGGGCAACUACGUGCUGCUUAACGUCUUUCUCGCUUUCCUGCUCAGCAGCUUCAACGUUGACAGGAUCGUCGAGAGGAACUCGCCCGGAGAGAUCCUCUUCGAGAAGAUUGUGUGCAAUUGCAAGUCCUGGUUCAAGCGCAAAUGGAAGCGAUUGACCCCAGGCUGGGCGAGCAACGCUUGGCGCGCGGCGCAGCGCCGAGCCCAAGCCCUGACCGGCCACCGAGCUUUCCGGCUCCUCGUGGCCCUCCUCAUUGUGCUCAGCAGCCUCGUGCUGUGUCUGGAAGGCGGCCCGAGACCGGCCAUGGUGCGCGGCCGACUGGAGCUGGCGAGUGCGCUGUUCACCGUGCUGCUCAGCGUGGACGUCGCCCUGGUGCUUGUCGCCAAGGGCCCGCACGCUUACUUCUCAUCGGGAUGGCACCUGCUUGACUUCAUCGUGCAGUCGACGUCGCUUCUGUACGAGGUUUUCGACGUGAUCGGCGUGCAGGGCUCGGUGAUCGACGUGCUGCGCGCCACCAGAGCUCUGAGGCCCGUGCGAAUCGUGUCCCUAUUGCCGGGGAUGAAGGUGGAAUUUCUGGUCGACGCGCUGGCCUCGUCGGUGCCGUCCAUCGGCAACGUGCUCGUUGUGUGCGCCUUCAUCUGGAUCAUCUUUGGCGUGGUGGGAGUGAGCGUGUUCGCGGGUCGCCUGUGGCACUGUGUCGACGCCAGGGGUCAGUCGCUCGACCCCGACCUGGUUCCCGACCGCGCCACCUGUCACAUGCUGGGCUUCACGUGGACCAACGAGAACGUGCAAUUCGACAACCUGGGCGAGGCGUCUCUCGCGCUCCUCCAG